UUUAAGGUUUCUUGGUUAUCUCCUGUGAACAAUCUUUAAGCAAUUUAUAUGUCAUAAUUGGCUCAUUCUUUUGAAUCCAAAGAAGUUUUUACAUUGAAGAGUGAGAUAUUAGUAGAGUAUUUUUGAGAACACAAAACUAAUUGAAGCCAAUCGACAUUGAUGUCGAUAAGAAAAUAACUAGAUACUUUUGUGGAGUAGGAAUGUCAACGUGUACAGUUCAACGUGUACAAAUAUUUCUGAAAAGAAAAAAUGUAGUUGGUGAAGAAACGUCUACAAGUUUCCUGAAGAAAGUUAAAAGAAGCCUAACACAAAUAUGAAUAAGAAUUCGCAAAGAAACAUACAAACGCUGAAGUACGUGAGUUUAGUCACUCUCACACUUCAAAAUGCUAUGGUUGGUCUUAGCAUGCGGUACUCCCGUACCAGAGCAGGAGACAUGUUCCUUUCUUCUACUGCUGUUGUAAUGGCUGAAGCAGUCAAACUACUUACUUGUCUGGUACUAGUACUCUUUGAAGAAGGAAGCUUUGAGAAAUUUUAUAAAGCUCUACAUAUGACAAUCGUGAAGCAACCUAUCGACACCUUGAAAGUCUGUGUGCCAUCUCUUUUAUAUAUCAUACAAAACAAUUUGCUUUAUGUUUCUGCAUCUAAUUUAGAUGCAGCUACCCAUCAGGUAACAUAUCAAUUAAAAAUUUUGACAACGGCCUUCUUUGCGGUAACGAUAUUACGCAAAUCUCUACGUAGCACUCAGUGGGGAGCUUUAGUGCUCUUGGUUGUCGGAGUGAUCCUGGUGCAACUUGCUCAAAGUGUCAAAACAUCGUUACCUUCAGGAAUUGAACAAAAUCAUUGGCUGGGCUUUUCUGCCGCUCUGUGUGCAUGUUUCUUAUCUGGCUUUGCUGGAAUCUACUUCGAAAAGAUACUCAAGGGCUCUGAUAUUUCUGUGUGGAUGCGAAAUGUGCAGUUAAGUGUAUUGUCCAUACCGUUUGGUUUAGGUACGUGUUUCUUACAUGACGGUGAUAUUAUACGUAAACAGGGCUUCUUUUUCGGUUAUGAUUUAUUCAUCUGUUAUCUGGUGGUCUUGCAAGCGGGCGGUGGGCUGAUUGUAGCCAUGGUAGUUAAAUAUGCUGAUAACAUAUUGAAAGGAUUCGCCACAUCCCUGGCUAUUAUCAUUUCCUGUAUAGCCUCUAUUUAUCUGUUCAACUUUUACUUGUCAUUCCAGUUUACUCUGGGCGCAUUCCUUGUCAUCUGUUCGAUUUUCCUUUAUAGUCACCAGCCGAAAACAGUAACGCUUGAUAAGCAUACAUCUUCUGAGAAAGUCUGACAGUAGGAAAAAUUUAAAAAU